GUGGCCCUAAGAAAUGUCAAGCACGCGAUGAAGUCGUGACUGUCGAAAAAUGUUUGCAGCAAACACGUCGAGUUCCAAGUGAUGCCAAUCAAAACCCCCCGCCAGCCAACCUAAUCAGGUGCUCUGAAUUGGAAAAUCAGUUUUCAAUCAAUAAAGGCAAAAGCAUGGCUUGGCACCUAAUGUAGACGUAUAAUUUUAGACACGAAUGUGAGCAUUUUGGCCGAGUUUUCGACAACGCCCCCACACCAGCCACCACAUACUUUUCGACCAGGCCAACACUCGGGCGGACUGUCGUCCAUGGCAACGUUCGUUAUGAAAACUAAACGAAAACAAAUGCGCCCAAAGACAACGACAACAACGCUGGCGAGACAACAUGCUCUGAAAUUGGAAAAGUCAGACAGCGGAUACGGCGGUGAGCAGCGUCGUCGGCAAGUUGGGACAGCUGAGGCAGAUUCAAUCACCAGAUAGAAUCCCACGCACCAGCCACCGGAGCAUCAGCAUCAGUCGCAUCACGAGUCCCUUGCAGAGUCCUUGUUAGUCCUGCAGCAACCCAGCUCCGGCAAACGCGGACGCGGCCACACUCGACGGCAUACUGGGGAACUGCAUCGACAUCGACUCGGUGGCCGUGGUGCAGCACAAGCUGGUGCACAGAAUUGUAGGUGGCAAGAUGUCGCCGCCCGUGCUGUACUACCUGCCGCCCAGUCCGCCCUGCCGCAGCAUCCUGCUGCUGGCCAAGAUGCUCGACCUCGACUUCGAGCUGAAGAUCGUCAACAUCCUGGAGGGGGAGCAGCUGAAGCCGGACUUUGUGGCCAUGAACCCGCAGCACUGUGUGCCGACCAUGAACGACGAGGGUCUGGUUUUGUGGGAAAGUAGGGCCAUACUAUCCUACCUGGUGGCUGCCUACGGCAAAAGUGACGAACUGUAUCCCACGGACAUAAGGGUGAGGGCUUUGGUGGACCAACGCCUCCAAUUCGAUCUGGGCACCCUCUACAUGCGACUCACGGACUACUAUUUCCCCACAAUGUUUAUUGGAGCGCCCUUGGACGAAGGAAAGCGAGCCAAAUUGGCGGAGGCAGUGGGCUGGCUAAAUUCGAUCUUGGAGGGCAGACAGUUUUCCGCCGCCGAUCACUUCACCAUCGCGGAUCUCACGCUUUUGGUGACCGUUUCCCAGCUGGAGGCCUUUGAGUUUGAACUCCGACCCUAUAAACAUAUCCGCCAAUGGCUCGAUCGCUGCAAGGAUCACAUGGCACCGUUUGACUACGAGGAGCUGAAUGCCAACAAGGCCAAUAUGCUGGCCGAUAUGUUCAAGGCCAAGAUGAACCAGUCUGCGGGCUAGCUGUUCUUUAAAUCAGUGUUAUAGUAGCGAACAAAUAUUUUCUAUAUAAUAUCAGUUGCGUAAGUGUUGUAUUAAAUAAAUGAAUUUUCUCUAAACAAGAUCGUA